AUGGAACCUCAGCUACCUUGCGCAUCCCACCCCCGGGGUCCUUGGCUCCCGCUCCUCCUUGCCAACAAGUCAUUACGACUCAGUGAGAGAACGUGGUUGGUCGUGUCUACCUCCCGGCUUCACUCGCCCAACGCGUCACAUCCACAACGGAAUCCACACCUUUUGGGGAAUGGAAGCCUCCAUAUCCGUACACCCAUUCACUGCAAUCAUGGCGUGAAUCCACUUUCACGUCAGCACGCCUCUGCUCCUUUCAGAAAGAGCGAGUCUUGGCAUCUCACAGGGCUCCAGGGUCCGCUUAACGAUCGCUCCUUCGCUCCUGUUCCCGUCCUUGUCCCGUCCUCUUCUCCCAGUCAACUGGUAUGCUACCAAUACGAUUACCGUUUAUGGGUACAGUAA